AUGUUGGGCACUACAAAAGUCUGCCGAAAUACGUUCCUCACGCGGUCGGUGGCAACCCCACCCAUAUCGGUGAUUCGCACCGGGCCAAAGUGGUGGGCGGACCCGGAACGCAUGGUGCGGCAAAAGCUCAUGUAUUUCACCCUUGGUAUUGAUCAGCUUCCGCUGCGCCGCACCGCCGUGAUUCAGAAGGACCUCCACCGGUUCCACAUGUGCAAACCACCCAUGCGGAUAGGCGACACAACGGGGUACAAGCGAUCCCGUGCGGCCCAGCUCAACACCUGGUACCGGCGCAUUCAGUACCAGGAAUACCACCUCCAGCACCUCUUUACGCGGCACGUGUGGGGGCUGACGCGGGCCUACCCCGGCAACACCACCAAGAUUCAGGGCAAGGCAGAUGACGGUUACGUUGGCUACGACUCGGUGCCGUUUCACCGCUACAACCGCAGUCCGCUGCCGUUCCCGGCGAGAGAAAUAUACGAGCGAAGAAAAUAG